AUGGCACAAGAUGAGUGUUGUGUGGUGUUUGACUUGAUUGAUACACCGGAAGCCAAUUCAACAUUACAAAAUUAUUUAAAAGGAAAAUUUAAAGAACCUACAAUGGUGGAAUUUUCUGGUCGAUUUGCUAUUGAAAGGGUAAUUGAUUUGGGUUGUUGUUCGUUUAGUUUCGUAAUUGUUAGAGAAUACAAUUUAUUGUUGGUUGUUGUUGUAAAUGGAGUUAAAUUUUUGGAUUUGGAUUCGUAUAAUGUGGUGUAUUCUCUUCUUUUUGGAAAUGAAUUGGAUUUUGUGAAUUUGGAAAGAACACCUUCUGAAUUAAACAUCAUUCUUGUAGGUUCAGAAAAGAUGCUCUACAAGUAUGAUUUAAAGAAAAUAUUGGAUGAAAAACUAACCAAUGAAUCCCUUUACACAGCUCUUAUUUGGGAACAGCAAACUACAUGCUCACUUCUUGUGGGAUUUGACUCAAUGGACAAUCAAUUAUUUGUGGUUGACUAUAAUGAUACUAUUCAAAUUUUUGAUUCAAAAAGUGGAAAACGAGUUUCAUCAUCGGGUGGAGAAUCAUCACAGAAAAAAAUCAAGAAGAAUGCUGAUCAGAAAGUUAAUGAAGAUUGUGUAAAAGUUAAUUUGUGGAAUUUUAAUGAAAGGGAGGAAUUAUUAAAUUCCAUGGUGAAAUUGAAAAGACAUUGGGAGAAGAGGAAAUUGAGUACAUUCAAGUAUCAGUUUAAUUGUGUCGAUUCGAUUGAUGGAUCUAUAGAAGUUGAAGGAAUUAUUGGUGAUUGUCUAUUUACUAAUCCAUAUGAUGUGAAAAUUUCACAUACUCACCAAGCUAUCAUUGUCUUGGAUAAUAUAUUGGAAAGAUUACUAAUUUUUGAUGUAAAUUCUUUGGAAUUCUGUUCAUGUGUAGAAACUGAACGAGAAGGAGAUUCACUUGCCUUGGAAUUAGAAUAUUGUGAUAGUAGAACGGAUGCCUUAUAUAUUGCUUAUGGAAGUUAUGGAAAAUUAAUUAAAUACGAUUUGGAAAAACUUUGUGCACCAGAUGCAAAUAUACGUGAAUGUCAAGUUUGGGUACAAGAUAAUUUUGAUAGUCCCUAUUCUACAGCUGUUUCGUAUGGAUCUAAAUCAUUCAAUGAAAAGUAUCAUUUCUCUGAGAAUACUCUAUAUGUUUGUGAUAGAGAAAGUGAUUGUAUUGCAAUUUUGGAAGCUUCUACAGGAGAACCAUUAACCAUGAUUGAGUUUAGUUUUAAUGGAAUUUUACAAUCGGUUGAUUUUCUCAAUGACAGACAUUUAGUUGUUUCUCUAUUCGAUAAAAUACUUAUUUUGGAGAAGGACAGAAGAAGAGAUUGGAGAUGCAUCAAGAGCUUUGAUAAUACCGAAUGCUUGUAUUUGACCUGUGAUAGAGAUUCGAAUAAGAUCCUAUGCUCAACUGCACUUGGCUUACUCAUAAUUGAUGUAGAAAGAUCAGUAAAGGAAAUUAAAGUUUUGGGAAUGAAGGCUUUUUCCUCCACAAGAACAAGAACAACUUUCAAAGAAGAAUUAGAAGCAACAACAACAAUAGAAGAAGAGAAUAAUGAAGAAGGCUAUUAUACAACAACUUCUCAGAAAAGAAUACAAAAACAAUCACUAACGGAUCAAUUAAAGAGGAAAAUUCAAGAGGAAAAGUCUUCUUCUUCUACUCUCUUGGAAAAGGCUAGAAAUCUACUAAAGGAAAAGGAGAAGAUUAUUGUAGUGACUGGACCGACGAUAACGACACAAGCUGUGCUUCCGAAGGAUGUUUUUGAAAAGGCAACAAUCAAGUAUUAUCAACAGACAAAUGCUGUGCAUUCGAGUCAUGUUUUUGGUGAUUUACACAUUCUCUAUAAUAUUGAGCAUAAGGCUGAGAAAGUUGUUGAGGGAAUUGAAUAUGCAUCCGUUGAGGAAAUUCAGAAUUUUCAACUUGAACAAAUCAAGACUAGAAAGCAAGAUAUGAAACAGGAUUUGGAAGUUAAUGAAGGAAGUACUGAUGAUUUAUUUAAUUUUGAUCGAUUUGUGGAAAAUCCAAGACCAUUAUUGAAUUAUUUGGAGAAAUUAACAUAUGGAUGGAGUAGAAUUUAUAAAAAGCCAAGCAAGGUAUUGAAGUUUUUAAUGAGUCUCGAUGAACAAGAGAAAAUUCAAAGGAUUUACAGUGAAAGUAUUGAAAAAUUACCAUUUGAAGAUGAAAAAGUUAUUAAUUGCUUGGGAACACUUGAUAGUUUUACUUGCUCAACUUGUGAAAAGACUUUUGAUUUCAAAACAGGAGCUGCCAUGUUCCCUAACAAGGAUGUUCCAACCAAUAAGAAGGGAAAAUGUGAACAAAUGGCCAAGAAGGAUUGCAGUCUGAAACCAAAUAUUCUCAUGUUGGGAGAGAGCUAUCCAUCCUCCAUUUCAGAUAAUAAGAGAAGUGAUUUUGAAAAUUGUGAUCUGGUUGUCGUGUUAGGUGUCCCACUCUCAAGAUUCCCAAUGAACAAACUCUUGAAUGAUAUCAAGAAGAACACUCCAAUCCUAUUCAUCAUUCCAGACAUUUUCCUCCAACUCUAUAAUGAUUCUAAUUUACCACCUGUUUUGAAGGAUUGGAUUCAAAACAAGUCAAGCAACACUAUUGUACUUCCACUCUCUGAAACAAUGGACAGUUUCAUUGAGUCUCUAUGAAUGAUGGAUUAAACACACAAUAAGAUUUCACACCUUCAUCAUCUGCUACUACUGUAAAUCUUAUACAAUGGAAUAAAUGGAAUCUACAUACCAUUCC